UGUAUGCAACUCGCGCGGCGCCUGCAAUGUGCGGGGAUUCGGCUCGGAACGCGUAACGGCGAUUGGGAAGCCAUCGAAAAUAUUAUGCAAAGAGACCCGAAGGGGGUUAUGAAAACGCUGUCCGCCAUCUGGGGGGAAGCUUCACUCAUAUAUAAUGCUCGAUUGACCUGCCACAAUAGAGUCAUUCGUGAACAAACCGUCGACGAGAUCAGCAUGAACACCCAGAUAAUCCUACUCUGCCUGGCCGCCAGCCUGGCCCUGGCUUUGGCGCGUCCGGAGCCGCCCAGGUCCCGCUACGGACCUCCAGCACCGCAACAGGAAUACGGUCCACCGCCACCAGCCCAACCCUUGCCAGCGUAUGGCCCCCCUGCUGCCUUCUACGGCCCACCCGCUGCCCCCGCCGCCGAGGCAAUUGUCACCAAAAACGUGUACGUGCAUGUGCCGCCAGAGGAGCCAGAGUACCACCCCGCAGCCGCACCCAUCCAGACGGCAGUGCCCAAGAAGCACUACAAGAUCAUCUUCAUCAAGGCGCCCAGUCCACCCACGCCAGUGCGCCAGGUGCUGCCGCCACCCGUCCAGGACGAGCACAAGACUCUGGUGUAUGUGCUGGUGAAGAAGCCCGAGGAGCAGCUGCCCGUCAUUCUGCCCUCGCCAGCACCCACCGAGCCCAGCAAGCCCGAGGUCUACUUCAUCAAGUACAAGCAGCAGCAGCAAAAGCCCGCGCCCCAAUACGGACCGCCCGCCGCACCCGCCGAGGAGUACGGCGCCCCACCAGCACCCCGUGGCCUGGAGCAGUUCUAGAGUUAGGUUGCAAAGUCGCGUCCCAAAAAUGUAA